AUGUUAAAUCCACUGACCGAACUCGGAAACUGGUUAAAUAGCAUAUUCUUAAUUGGGGAUGCACAUAGUAUCGAUCAUAUGGAAAACUUGCCAUCAUCACUGUUGUUGUACGAGAAAACAAGGUACCUAGGAGGGUUAAGAUUAACCUUGGAAUUCGAUAGUUUAAAGAAGGCGAUUGAGUUUCUUGAAGACCAAUCCAGAUGGAGUGAUUGGUUUAAAUGGUUAAUCACGGCGGAUAAGUACGAAUUUCAGUACAAAAGAGUAGCAUGGUUAAAGAUUAUUGGUCUCCCACACAAGCUAUGGGGAGAAGAUAACUUUUCAACGAUUGUCAGCAACUACGGUAGAGUCAUAUCCCCCUUUAGUGACAUAAGAAACAGAAGAGAUUAUUCCAUGGGUAAGGUUGGAGUGUUAACCUUAGAAAAGAAAUGGAUCAAUGAUCAAACUACAGCAUGUGCUAAUGAUGAAAUAUUCAGUAUUGGUGUUGUUGAGUAUACUGAUGAUUGGUCCCCGUUUCACCUCGUCCCAUAUGAAAAAGUUGAUGAUGAGUCAGACAAAGAAGACGAAGAGGGCGAUGAGACAGAGGUGGAAGAGGAUGAUGACGCAGACGAAGGAAUCUCUGAUACAUGGUUGGGAGGUCAGAAUCAAAUUGAGGAUAUGAAAGAAGGUGAGAUAACACCGGAAUCAAAUAGCUCAGGUAAUGGUUUGGGCGGGAAUGUCUUUCCGAUUGGUAAGUCGACGGUCGUCGGAAACGUAAUGGUGUCACCGAAGUUCGUGGGAAAUGAUGCUGAAAUUAAUGUGGAGGGUUCACCAAAGACGAUUGCAAUUCUAGAGAACAACUCUGGGGAACUGGCGGAUAACGAACAAUUAAUUCCCCACCCAAUUUUUAAAUUUGAUGCUAAACAGGAUAUACCGACGGACUCGGAGCGUAGUAAGUUUGGAUCAAUUAGCAAAUUGGUCCCUUUGGGAUGCUUUGGGCCUUUCCCGAAAUCUCAGCCCAAUAUAUUUUAUCACCAUGACCAGUCAUUGGAGCCCCACUGA